GAGAGAGAGGGAGAGGAGGGGGUGGACAGAGAGAAAGAGGGCGGAAUGCCCCUUUACAAGCGUCGCAUCUGACUAAAGCAGCGGAGAGGCUCGUAAAUCCUACAUUGGACAGAAGAGACAGUGGUUUCUGCAACAGCAAGGGGAUGUUGGAGAGCUUCAAAAGGGUCUGCACAAAUCCGACAGUGGGUUCAAAUCUGAUGCUGAUGUGUUGGAGUGACCACGGAAACUGAUGUGUUCUACCGACUCCAGUUUGACCUAGAUGACUAAGAGCUCAUCUCUAUUCCCAACUUGAUGUUAAGGAAAGGGGUGGAUGUCGCUCAGUCAUACAUGGGCACAUCAGUCUGGUCUUUGUGAUCCAGACCAAGGCACCCUGCAGAGCCCCUUGUGUUCUUCCUUUAGUGCCGCUGCCCCCUCAGCUUCCUCCGCCUCCUCUAUCUCAGUUCACACCUUGAAAAAGGUGGACGGGCCAAAACUCUACUUACCCUAGCGCCGUCCGUUAGGUGAGGGCGGCGAGGGCUGCGCUGUCAUUGGCUGACUGCUGGUGAGAGUGCGAUGCGGAUAGGAGGAUGUCGGGGGACUGGGAUGAAGAACUGUGUAAGAAGGCAAUGUUUCUGGUGGAGGAGCUCUGCUUCAACUCUCCGAGAGGUCACAGCCAGAGUGAACGCUGCCAGGAGUUCAGCUACCUGCUGAGCGGUAGCACCAGGCCGCUGGACACAGAGAUCUCUGUCAGUCUGCUGUCGGUCAUCGUGACAUUCUGCGGCAUCGUCCUCCUCUCCGUCUCCCUUUUCGUCUCCUGGAAACUCUGCUGGCUGCCAUGGAGGGACAAAGAGGGCGGAGGCCUGAGCCUGACAUCGGGGUUGCUGCCUGGAAGUGCUGGUGUGGGAAGCCUCGGAGGCACCGGGGGCUCGUCACUCUUACCACCCCUGCUGCAGAGGAAGGAGGGCCACUCCUCGUCCUCCCUCUACCCCUCCCUGGGCCAGCAGGGCCAGCACCACCCUCAUUUCUCUGACCUGGUGGGGCUGGAGAGGGGGGAGGUCGGAGGUGUGGUUGGGGGGCCACAGGAGACCCAGGAGCCGUCUUACCUGGACAUGGACUCCUACCCCAACAAUGCUGGAACUCUGAAGCUGAGUCAGACAUCUCCAGAUGUCCCUAACUCCGAGGUUGGAGCCCAGCCCCAUAAAGACCUGCCCAACGCUCAUUCCCAGCAGCAGGUCACCUCCCGGCCCAAGCCUAUGACUCACCAGCUCUCCAGUCCUGAUUUCCACGGCGAGGAGAAGGAGCAGGUAACCAGCAUCGGGCAGAUCAAACCGGAGCUCUAUAGGCCCAAGGGCGACCUGGGCGAAGGCAAACAGGGCGACAACUGUGGCAAGAUCAGCUUCCUCCUGCGCUACGCCUUUAAUACGGAGCAAUUGGUGGUGAAGAUCCUGAAAGCUCUAGACCUGCCAGCCAAGGAUGCCAAUGGCUUCUCUGACCCAUACGUAAAGAUCUACCUACUGCCAGACAGGAAGAAGAAAUACCAGACCAAGGUCCACAGAAAGACCUUAAACCCAGUGUUCAAUGAGACGUUUCAGUUCGGCGUGCCGCUGAGUGAGCUACAUUCCAGAAAGCUGCAUUUCUCUGUUUACGACUUCGACCGCUUCUCCAGACACGACCUGAUCGGCCAGGUGGUGGUGGACAACCUGCUGGAUUUCAGCGAGGGCAGCGGGGACAAACCCGUUUGGAGGGACAUUGUGGAGGGCACCGCGGAGAAGGCUGAUCUCGGGGAGCUUAAUUUCUCGCUGUGUUACCUGCCCACUGCAGGCAGACUCACUGCUACAGUCAUUAAGGCAACCAACCUCAAAGCCAUGGACCUGACUGGCUUCUCAGACCCGUACGUGAAGGCCUCUCUGAUCUGUGACGGGCGAAGGCUUAAGAAGAGGAAGACCUCCAUUAAGAAGAACACACUGAACCCCACGUACAACGAGGCACUGGUGUUUGACAUUCCCAAUGAGAAUAUAGAAAGCGUAUCCAUCAUCAUUGCCGUGAUGGACUAUGACUGUAUUGGUCAUAACGAGGUUAUAGGGAUGUGUCGUGUGGGAAGCGAGGCUGAAGGUCCAGGGAGGGAGCACUGGACGGCCAUGCUGGCCAAUCCACGCAAACCAAUAGAGCAUUGGCAUCAGCUUGUGGAGGAAAAAGCAAUUGGUACAUUCGUGUCAAAGACUGCUACAGCAUCCUCCCCUAAGCCGCACAUCGUGGUGGACAGUCCUCACUCCGAUUAAAACUGUCGUUAUCAUCUCUCCAGCUCCAGACUUUCCUUUUCUUUCCUCUCAUCUGUGAAUAAUUCUCUCCAUCAAAGAAAGAGAGACGCGGAGACACUGCUUGUGUCCAACUGCUAGUGCUGUUUUUGCUCCUGCUAAUGAAUUCUCCAAGUCAUGUGCCGAAAAAACAACAUCCAUCACAAACUACACUUCUAGCAUCAGACCACACAUUUACAAACACACGCAGACACUUGUUGGUACAGUAGGACUGAUUUCGUAAAUGUAAAUUUGGGAUCAAGUAAGGGAACCAACACACACAACUUACACACACACACACACAUACACACACAGAGUUUUCAGUAUGUGCAUAGUUCAUGUGUACUUCAGAUUAGUGUAGUAUUUCAUCUAGGAGGACCGUGAUGUGACAAACUUUUCUCUCUUGAAAAAAAAAAAGAAAGCCAUCCUAGAAUGGCCAUUUCAACCAGGACCAAAGGUUCACGCCCUUGUACAGACUAUAAAAGAAGAAAAUCACUAUGUCGAUAUUUUUCUUUGCAAUAUUGGUGUACAGCAUCUGCCGUACUGUAUGGGAAAACAUCUCACACAGUACUUAGCAGGACAAAAAAAAAAAUCGAGGUGGAUUCUCCCGGCCAUUUUGGACGCCUUCUCCAGGCUCCGCAUCCUCUUGUUUCAGACUUAACUCGCUUAUUUUCCCCAGAGGAAAGACGACAAAGCGUCCAGUGGUCUUUAUUGAUGUCAGAGGAGCGAAAAAACGAGGCCAGUCUCAUCGGUUUAAGCAUGUUACGCAACCUUGAAAUGUGUUCCUCUUCCUCAUGCUUUUUGUCACCAUCCUCAUGGUGCUCAUCAGUAUCAACUUUUUUAUUUUCAUUUUGCUCUGUUGUUUGUGUGAAACAAUACACAUAUAUCCAUCAGCAAAGAAGUUUAUUCAUGCCAUUUUUACAGUCCUCUGAGGAUGCGAUGGUGUGACUAUUUGAUCGUGGCAGACUUUUCCUAUAGGACUACACAGGUUGAACCAAACCUGCCUUUAGGAUCGGACAAGCAUCUGUUUGAAUUGCACUUGCUAGAGGAUGUAUCCCACAGGGAUGGAUAUCACCACUCUGUUUUAUUUUUCUAUCAUUCAAGGACUGUUCUAUCUUUUCUUUUCUCAAGUCAUCGUCCAGAUUCAACUGAAAAAUGAUUUAUCUUCAAAUCCAUUUCAUGUCCCUGACAAGACUUUAGAAGGACACAUGUCCGUAUUGCUUUGAUUAGUGUGUUUCCGUGUUUGUGGGCGUGUUUGUUUUGUAUUUGUGUGCAUUUGUGUGUGUGUGUGUAUGCCUGUGUGUCACUGUGACCUUGUGUGUGUGACACGUUUCUGUGCUCACUCCCUCCCUCGUCCUUUUUCUGUCUUUGCCUCACUCACUCCCCAAAUCCCCCUGGCAAUAACAGACAGAGAAACGCUUGUCUGGGAGCCAAAUGUGUCUACUGUCCCGUGUCUUUACCAGGAGCCAUUUUGUGUGUGUGUGUGUGUGUGUGUGUGUGUGUGUGUGUGCGUGUGUGAAUGUGUGUGUGUACUAUACGUGCCUCAUUGCACUAGGUUGGGAAACACUUUCAUAGACAUUAGUUAGUAUUGUCUAUGUCGUAAUCAGAAAUCAGCUGCCAAUCAUUCAACCCCCCUCUCCUCUCUAACCCUUUGCCUGAUGUAAGUAACUGUGUUGAUCGUGUACUUUUUCAGUAAUUUGUGUACUGUAUGUCCGAAGGAAAAAGCAGAUGGCACAGUGAUUGAAAAAUGUAAUUGUUGGGGUGUGUUUACGUGAAGGAAUCAUUUUGUUGUGGCCUACAGAUAAUGACAAAUUUAGCCCCUCUUAAAGCAAGACGACACGGAGGAGGAGGAGGUGUUGUGAGAAAAUAGCGCCGGGAAUUUCUGCACUUCCUGUGAAAAGCGAUCCAGACUUAUAAAGCCAUGUCUGUCACUGCUACUACCACUACUACUGUAACCUCAGCAAAACAACAGUACAACACCUCACUACAGCUUCUUGUAUCGCUAUCGUUGCCAUUUCUCUCUCGUCCUCUCACACACACGCCUGUGCAGGAGGGUGUGCGUGUGUGUGUGUGUGUGUGUGUGUGUUUAAGGGUGGGGAUCUAGUUUCAGUCUCUUACUCACCGGGGUGCUUGAUCUGGUUCACGGGAGGUGGCACAUCCCGCAUCAUACCUGCAAGUAUUCUGUGUGAUUUGUCAGCUGGGGGAUUAUCGACCAGCUUGUAUAAGUAGAUAUGGUAUUGAUCCAUUGGUCUCAAGGCCCCAUAAUUCUCUCUUCCCCAGCCCCUCUCUCUCUCUCUGCUGGUGUCUACCCUAUUUAGUCCUUGUGUUACUGCCUGGUGAUAGAUUACAAAGCUCAUAGUGGAACCAGCACAUUCCCUUAUUCUCUCUCUCCCUCCCUCUCUUUCUGUCUAAUUACUGUCUGAUUACUCAUUCUCUCUAUCUGUCCUACAGCAAUACCCCCCCCCCGACACUCACCUCUCAAUUUCUCUCCCUCUGCUAUCUCACAUCCCUCCAUCUGCCCUCUUUCUUUCUGUGUAUGACCCCUUUCGUCCUCUCUAUUCUCUCUCGCUGUCUUGUCGUGUUAGUGCAGUUCUGAAUGGUCAUGGGGAAACAUGUUUGCAUGCUUAUAUUAACAUGAAUGAUGUCAACUUGAUGCAAUGAAAAAUUACAUAAGUGAUGCUUUAAGCAAAAUCUGACAAUGAACUUGAUACUAAUACUACUAAUGACGACUAAACCGAGACCCAGCAAUUGUUUAUCUCUGUGGUCAAAAGCAACGAUGAUGAAAAAACAUUGUUUAUGCUGUAUUUAUCUUUCUUGAAUUGGUAUUCUUUUUUGAUUUUCAAUUGUUUUUAUAUAUCAUUUAUUAAGAGGUUUACUUUUUUAUUGGUUAAGGCUGAGAAUUUGAGCGAGGGGUUCAGUCAGGGCGAUUGUUUCAGAAGGGACAGCAGUGCCAGGUCGCAGGAUAUCGGUGAAUGUGUAAGUAACAGUGUGGCUGAAGCAAUGAUCAUGGA